AUGAAGACUUCAAUUGCUGUAAUUGCUAUCGCUCUGGUAUAUGUGGCGUCUCUUGUGACAGCCGAUCACCAUACGACUGAAAACGUUGGCAAUACCGACGUGAUCACCACCAAGCGCGGAAAAAGCCGUCCCUCGCUGGUCGUGCCAGUCGGUGUCAUCGACAACCUGUUGGACGCCCAAAACAACACUAUUGUUGUGACUGAUAGCAACAUUGUUAUCUCGCUGAAUGACCGCGUACAGCUCGCACACAUCAUCAAAGAUGUUCUGCCAAACGCCACAGACACAGGUCUACCUAGUACCGUGAGUACUGAGGACAUUUUUGCUCUUUUGACCCACAUCAAGACAACGCCCGGCGUGCUUUCCAACGCUGCGGGCAUCAUUUCAGCUGCAAAAAGUGGUAACACUGCUGCUGUAGCCGGACACGUUGUAAGUCUUCUGCAUGCAGCUGCGCCGACGAUGCCAGUAGCUGCCGCAACUAUAGCUCCGCUACCUGAUACCAUUGUUUCCAAAGCUCCGGUUGUCACUUCGUCCGACACGUCAGCAACUCCUGCGACUCCCAUGGCACCAAUGCAUAUGCGCUCGCAAAUGUCGCCCCCCGUUACCUCUGCUGCUGCUGCCGCAGCUGCCACCCAUACGUAG